CAAGCUGGAGUAGACUACAUUGUUAUCUCAUGGUUACCUCCCGCUGACGAAAGUAAUAUAGUUCGAGGAUAUCAGAUUGGUUGGGGAAUCAAUGUUCCUGACAUAUCCAUGGAGCGUGUUGGUGCCAACGUUCUGCAACAUAAAAUCACUGGCCUUCGUCCAGCUAAAGAAUAUGUGAUCUCAUUGCGCGCCUUUAACAAGCAGGGCUCUGGUUUUCCGAUUUACGAAACUGUGAAAACUCUAUCUCACUCGUCGAUGCCGUUCUUCGAUGGUUCGAUGUCGGCCAUGCCUGUGAGCACACCGCUCGGUGUUCAUGCAGAGGCCGUUUCUGCAACGAGUAUUCGAGUUUCGUGGACGGAAGCUGAUCCAAAUGCUUUCAAUGCCAUGUACACGGUGCGCUAUAGCACAAGUGUUGAUGGCAAUCAAGUUCGCUACAUGAAUUCCUCAGAGUCGUGGGUUACUAUUGACGGUCUUCGACCAGACACUGAAUACGAGUUUGCAGUUCGAUCGCUAGUGGCCGGCUCCACUCCAAGCCCUUGGAGUAUGGUAGCCAGGAACAAAACCCACGCGUCCGCUCCUUCAUCUUCUCCACGUGAUCUCACCGUCCUUCCCGCUGCAUCCGGUGAUCCUCAUGCUGUUUUGCUGAAUUGGCAGCCACCAAAAUAUUCAAAUGGUGAAGUUGAAGAAUAUCUGAUUUAUUAUACUGACCGUGUAAUGCAAGCCGACAAGGACUGGAAAAUUCAUUAUGUGCAUGGCGAUAAGCUAAGUCAUGAGAUUCGAAAUCUUCUUCCCAAAACUACUUACUACUUCAAAAUUCAAGCUCGAAAUGAGAAAGGUUAUGGGCCGCUUUCGCCAGUGCAGACUUUGGAACCUUUCGGAAGCGGUUCUAGACCGACGGGGGCAGUUGUACCUUCGUCUGGAAAAGGAGCAGGCCUGCGAUGGGAUGAUCUGUUAGCCUUGUUCACCUCCAAUCCGAUGUACAUUGCUAUCGUAGUCGCAUUUGCUGCUCUUGUGCUUCUCUGUAUCAUUCUUAUUAUGGUGUGCGCGUUAAGAAGAAAUUCAAAAAAUACUGGUUACACGGCAGGAAAAAAGGCGAGCGUUCAACAGCAGGGUGCAGAUCUCUGGAUAGAUCAUCCUGGUGGUAAUAACAUGCGAGGAGGACCCUCAGACUAUAUGGUGAAUGGGAUUGGAUCAUCAGUGGUAGAUAUGAAGCAUUUGGCUGGUCCUGACGUGGUAGAGUCGCCACCUCCAAGGUAUCACGGCUUGCAAGGUCAGUUGCUAACUUCAGUUCGAUGGACUGACUUAUGGUGA